UUUAUAACUCACCGGUUUUCUAAGCAUAUUUAAUUUUUUUUUUCACUUGAUAAGACGAAAAUACCGUAUCUAAAGUCGCUCUGAUUUUAUUUUGCAACGGAAACCCACGAUAUCCUUUGUGAUUUGUUUGUUAAUCUAAAAUAGUAGAAAUGGUUCAAUCGGAUGAUCAACAAACACCGGCAAAAGAAGAAAAAGUGAUAAAAGAUGAAAAUAUUUAUACGAUACUCGAAAAAGCCAUUGCUGAAGUCUUCGGAACGGCCACAUUGUUGUUUGUGGGUUGUAUGGGAUGUAUUGGUGCAGAAGUAUCAUUUGCUCCACAUUUUGGUGCUUUAAGUUUUGGAUUAGCUGUUGCAGUUGCUGUGCAGAUGUACGGACAUAUUUCUGGUGGACAUUAUAAUCUUUGUGUAACAAUAGCUGCGGUUAUUCUAAAAAAAAUUGAUCUUGUUUUAGCUGGUAUAUAUUUUAUAAGUCAAACUGUUGGUGCUUUACUUGGAUACGGAUUAUUGAUGUUAGUAACCAAUGAAAAUGAUAAUAAAGGAGUUUGUGUGACCCAAAUCAACCCCUACAUCAAAGUUUAUCAAGGUUUUAUCAUAGAAAUGAUAAUCAGUGGAUUUUUAAUUUCAAUCUGCUGUGCAGUUUGGGAUCAUAGAAAUACGAAAAACACUGAUUCAAUUCCGAUUCGGUUCGGAUUAACUCUUGGGAGCAUCUUUAUAGCCACGGCCCAAUAUACCGGAGCAAGUAUGAACCCAGCAAGAAGUUUAGCCCCCGCAAUUUUCCAAAAUAUGUGGAAAGAUCAUUGGGUAUAUUGGGUAGCACCAAUAUUAGGUUCGGCCGGAACAGCAUUAUUUUAUAGAUUCAUUUUUAUUGAAGGUUUAGCAAAAGCAGGUAGAAAAUUUAUAUCAACCUUAAUUAUAAUGGUGGGAGAAAUUUUAGGAACAGCAACAUAUAUAUUUUUGGGUUGUAUGGGAUGUAUUUCAAAUACAUAUCCAAAUAUGAGUUUUCAGUUUCAUCCCUUUAAUUUUGGUUUAGGAAUUGCUUUAGCCAUUCAGUUAUUUGGACACAUUUCCGGCGCUCAUUUCAACCCAAUCGUUUCAAUAGCAGCUUUAAUAAUGCAAACGGUUAAAAUUACGAUGUUUCCUUUUUAUGUAUUAGCUCAAUUUAUUGGGGUUUUCCUUGGAUAUGGUUUAAUAAUGGCAUUAGUUCCUGAAACGUCGGCAGAACAUUUAUGUGUUACAGUCCCAAGUAGUGGAGUCACCGAUGUUCAGGCACUUUUCAUUGAAACGAUCGGAUCGUUCCUUUUAGUAAUGGCUCUUUGUUCAGUUUGGGAUCCUAGAAUGAAAGGACUUCAUGAUUCUUUAGCUUUAAAGAUUGGUUUAAUGCUUUCUGCGAUAUUUUUAGCAGUUGCACAAUUUACUGGAAGUGGAUUAAAUCCAGCACGUAGUUUAGUCCCAGCUAUCUUUCACGGAGUCUGGGACGCACAUUGGAUUUAUUGGGUUGGACCGAUUUUAGGCGGAGGUUUAAUAGCUCCGAUUUUGUACCGAUUCGUUUUAAUGCACGGAAUAUCCAUAGAAGGGAAAGAUCAGCAACCGAAAAGUUCCGAAAAAGAACCCGUUAUUUAAAUAGUAUAACAAAAUAACUUAUUAAGUAUUAAAUAUGUUUAUAAAUCUACACACGAACUGAUGACUCUUGACCGAUAACAACAUUUUAAAUUUUAUUUAUAUCAAUGACACCAUUAUUCAUACAAAACGUCCACAAUGAUUUGUUUAUCUCUAUUAAGUAAAGAAUUGUUUAGUUUUAAGACGAUUUACGAUAAUUAUUCCGAUUAUUUUAAUCUAAUAAUGUUUUGUAUUUAGGGUGUAACGAAAAAGUUGGAAUGUUUAUGUCUAGUAAGUUAAUUAUUUUAACAAAAAACUUAAAGUUUUAAUUAAA